AUGUUCCCCAUCCAUUCUAAGAGUGUGGAGCAGGAACUGAACUUUAGGAGUAUGCCAGACAAGAGGAAAUGCAAAGGGUUAAGCCUGCGUUCCUUACGCUGGUCUCAGUCUAUGAUCUUUUUCAUUGAAGAAAUUAAUCGAAAUCCUACAUUGCUGCCCAACAUCACUUUGGGCUACAGAAUCUAUGACACAUGUUGGACAAUGGCUCUGUCUGCAAGAACCGCCUUGUCUGUGAUCUCGCAGCCCCUGAAGAGGAACAGCACAGGGGCAUGUUCAUCCCCUACCAUCCCUCUUCUCAUAGGAGACCCAUCAUCCAGCUCAUCCAUGUCUAUCUCCAGACUGCUUAAUUUAAACAAGGUCCCAAUGAUCAGUUACUUUGCCUCUUGUGCAUGCCUGAGUGACAAAAUGCAGUACCCCUAUUUUUUCCGUACAAUCCCUAGUGACUCAUACCAAGCCAGCGCCAUGGCUCGUCUCGUCAUGCACUUUGGCUGGACGUGGGUGGGCACGUUUGGUGCAGACGAUGCUUACGGACGGACUGGCAUUGACAUGUUCACAGCUGAGGUAACCCAUCUUGGUGCAUGUGUUGCCUUUCGAGUCAUCAUUCCCAAAUCCCCCACUCAGCAACAGAUCCAGGAUAUUGUAAAACUGAUGAAAGACUCUACUGCACGUGUGCUUGUGGGCUUUGCCAUUGAGGAAGACAUACAGCCUGUGUUGGAGGAAAUGGUAAGGCAGAAUAUAACAGGAAGGUUGUGGGUGGCCAGUGAGGCCUGGGUAACCUCCACCCUCAUAUCCAAUAAAUAUCCUGUUCUCAGCGGCACUAUUGGCUUCGAUCGCCGAGCCGAGAUCCCAGGUUUUAAAGACUUCCUGCAAAGCCUGCGACCAUUCAGCGAGCCGUAUAAUCCGUCAGCACAAGAAUUUUGGGAAACGGUGUUUCAGUGCUCCUUCAACACAAGUCUACCUCUCGGCUCUAUGGCUGAUCAGGUCCAGUAUAACCGCAUGUGUACCGGAGAAGAGCGGAUUCAGGACACUGAGACAAUCUAUAAUGAUGUUUCCCAGCUCAGAGUCACCUAUAACAUAUAUAAAGCUGUGUUUGCUGCAGCACAUGCUCUGCACAACUUGCUUAUCUGCCAGACACAGGAAAGCAGUACCGUUAAGCAAAUCUGUCCAGAUAUCUACAAUCCACCCUGGCAGGUAAUAAAGUACCUCAAGGAGGUGAACUUUACCACCGAGUUCGGUGACUCUGUGUACUUUGAUAAAUAUGGAAACCCUCCAGGAACUUAUGACAUUGUAAACUGGCAGAAGGAUCCCAGAGGUGGGCCGAUGCACUUUGCUACGGUCGGACGCUUCGAUUCGUCUCUUCCUCCCGAACAGCAACUACUCAUCCACCAGGAUGCCAUUGUGUGGCCAGGUGGCUCCAAGGAGAUGCCCGUUUCAGUGUGCUCAGCCAGCUGCCAGCCAGGCUACAGGAAAGCCCCACGUAAGGGAGAACCCAUUUGCUGCUAUGAUUGCGUACCCUGUGCAGAGGGUAGCAUCAGCAAUGAUCAGCCAGAGUGCACACUAUGCCCUGAGGACCUCUGGUCCAACCCACAACGAGACAGCUGUGUCGACAAGCAGAUUGAGUUUCUGUCCUUCACUGAGGGUUUUGGAAUGGCCCUUGCAGCCACCUCCAUCCUGGGUGUAGCUGCUACAGUGACCGUAGCUGUCAUUUUCAUUCGUCACAAAGACACACCGUUGGUGCGGGCCAACAACUCAGAGCUGAGCUUCUUGCUAUUGAUGUCACUCUCUCUCUGCUUCUUGUGUGCCCUCACUUUUCUAGGCCAGCCCUCGCGCUGGGCCUGCCCACUCCGACGCACCGCCUUCGGUUUGACUUUUGCACUUUGUCUCUCCUGCCUGCUCAGCAAGACACUGGUGGUUCUCAUGGCCUUCAGGGCCACACUGCCUGGCAAUAAUGCAGCACGGUGGUUUCGGCCUCCUCAGCAGCGAUUCGGUGUGUUCAUCUGCUCUGCCAUACAGUGUGCUGUUUGUGUGGCUUGGCUGACCACAAGUCCACCAUAUCCAGUGAAGAACACGUGGCUGUACCGUGACCGGAUCAUCUUGGAAUGUCACCUGGGUUCAGUGGCACUGUUCGGCUGUGUGCUUGGCUACAUCGGCUGCAUGGCCGCCUUUUGCUUCAUCUUGGCUUUUUUGGCGCGGAAGCUGCCUGAUAAUUUUAACGAAGCCAAAUUCAUUACGUUCAGCAUGCUCAUAUUCUGUGCCGUUUGGAUUGCCUAUAUACCAGCUUAUGUCAGCUCUCCUGGAAAGUUCACAGUCGCAGUAGAGAUUUUUGCUAUUUUAGCAUCCAGUUUUGGGGUCCUGUUAUGUAUUUUUGCCCCAAAAUGUUACAUCAUUAUCUUUAUGCCUCAAAAGAAUACCAAAAAAUAUCUUAUGUCUCAAAAGGGUGGGAGGUGA